AUGGCCUCUGGAGACGAGCCCGUGCCCGUGGCGCGGCCUGGGCUAUGGGUCAACUCGGAGCUCGCGCCGGAGGCCCUGCAGGCGCUGGAGCUCGCGGCAGGCGACCUCGUGCAGGUCGGGGUGCUGGACGCCAGCUGGGCCUCUCAGGGCUCCGAGAUCGUCCGUGUCGUUGGGGGGCCGACGCUCGACCAGGAAGGCCUCCUCUUCGAGUUCGAGAGCUUGGGGGCCUCGGACGCGCUCUUCGAGUGGCACGCGCGGGCUCGCGGGGAGAACGGAGCUCGGCCCGCAGACACCCUGCUGCACGCAUGCUCCGUGCAGGCGAAGGCUUGCCGGGCGACGGGGCCUGCAGGGCGGGCGGUCGAGCACGUCAACCUGAUCCGCCCGAUCAGCGAGGAGGGGGCGCUCGAGCUGGCGCUGCCAGCGUUGAGCCCGCGCGCAGAGAUCGGGCCGACCGACGACGAAGAAGGCAGCGAGGAGGUGUCGCACGUCCUCGUGGAGCAGCCGCGGCCGCCUGCCGGGGCUCGCCGCGCACGGGAGCUGCUGCCGCUGCCUGGCCCGCUGGGCGCAGGACGUGCUCGCGCUGCCCUGCCGACGCCUCGCGGUCGCCGCGCCGAGGAUCGCUUGGCCGAGCCUCAGGCCGCCCGCAGCAGCCAGGACGCGCAGACGGUGCUGGCGGCGCGCGCCGCCGAGAGGGCUGCUGCUGGGAGGCCCUCGCGGGACCGCAUGGCGAGGAGCUCGUUCGAGCGGCAGCCGUGCGAGAGGUUGCUGGGGCGGAGGGCCCCGUCUGGCGACCACGAGUCGGAUGGCGAGCAGGUCGGCGACUCAGAGCACGAGAUGGACGUGGAGUCGCGGGACGCGAAGGCCAUCGGCGCAGCCGAGGUGCGGCUGCUGCGGACGCUCGCGCGCGCGCUGGAUUUGGCUCUGGAGGGACAGACCGUGCAGGCACUGGAUGUGGUCAUGCAGGAGUUAGGCCACCGCGGGAGCCGCCCGCGCACGACAGUGAGCGGGACCCCCGAGUCCCUCUCCAGGCUGGCCGCGGCGCCGACGGCACCGCCGUCGAGCGAGGUCCGCCACGUGGCCGCAGCCGCGAUCGGAGCCGGUCGACCAGCCCCUCGGCGCGGCCGCGGGAAGGGCGGGCGAGGCCGCCCAGGCGGGCGGGGGGUCGCGCCGCCGCCGCAGCCGCCGCGGGGCGAGAGGGAGGAGCCGGCGCGGCGCGUGAUGUUGGCGGAAGAGGCGGUGGCGCCCCGUCCCGGGGGCGAGCCGUCGCACAAGGAGCUGAAGGCGCAGCACCCCAGGCACGAGAAGGAGUCGAAGAGAGCCUACAGCGUCAGGAUGGCAAUGCUGAUGAGGCAGUCGAGACCCGAGACUAGGACACGCCUGGAGCACAUUGUGAAGUUGGUCGACACCUGCCGCAGGGGCCCAGGAGAGCUCGGGUCCUUUCUCCGCCAUUCUGGUCCAGCUCAGCCAGAUCCGCGGGUAGCACGUCGUCGGGACCUCCUCCCGCUGCCCUUGCCGGAGCAGGGGUCUUUCCAGGUGGUGGAGAAUAUGUUCAGGAGCGGCAGGGCGCUCGAUCGCGAUAUCGAGCUGAUCUACAAGGGGUGCUGCGAAGGCCUUGAAUGGGUCAUCAUCUGCGGGCUCUACUUCGAGGCUGGGGGGCGGAAGGGCGGAUCUCCCGCGCCUUGGUCACGCGCGGCCAGCCUUGCCCAGCGGGCCGCCCUGGGCCUCAUCAGCGAGGCCGCGGCCUACUUCUGCAGGGAGCCGCUCGCCGCGCUCGAGGAGCUGGACUGGGGCAGGGUCGUGCAGGCGAAGGCCCUCGCCUACACCGGACAAGAGGUCGAGCGAGGCUGCCCGUUAGUUCUAGGCGAGCUCCUCCCCAGGCUGCUUGCUGCAGGGCUUGCGGGAUCUGUCAGCGCCCUGGACCUUGCAGCCCCGCGCGUGCAGAAGUGGCUCCUCGACCCGACGACCCUGCUAAAGCCCCCUUCAGAGUGGCCGACAGAGGUGCCGAAGGCGUCAGUGCAGGUAGCGAGCGACGAGGAGAGGCACUGCAUUUGCGAGCACCUCGUCCGAGUAGGGAUCUUCGAGCCAAUCGAGGAGGACGCCAUCUUCAGCGUCGACGGGGUACCAGUUCUUGCAGGGGCGCUUGCUGUCGUCAAGAAGGGGGCCGCCGCGACGGGCUUCUGGACGGUCACGCGCCUGAUCAUCAACCUGGUGCCCCAGAACGCGUACCAGCGCAUCGCCGAGACCGACCUGGACAGCCUGACGCCGAGCUCGUCGUGGACAGGCAUCGUCCUGGGCGAGGGACAGGGGCUCUUGUGGUCGUCCGAUGACCAGUCAGGUGCCUUCCACUUGUACUCGCUGCCGCCGCAGUGGCGGGGCUACAUGGCGGUGCGGAAGCAGGUGCCUGGCGCCCGAGUGGGCAGGCCCGACCUCAAGUGGGCCCGCAUGUCCGUUGCCGUGAUCCCGAUGGGGUGGUUCUCUGCGGUGAGCCUGUUCCAGCACCUCCAUCGCCGGCUGGGCAUCGGAGACGGGCCGCACAGCGCCAGGUUCGCGGAGUCCUGCGAGUGGAGGCGUGACCAGCCGCUCCCGCUGUUCUCACGGAAGCAGCGGCAGACUUGGGUGCAGCAUUACCUGGAUGACUUCGACACGCCCGAGAUUGUGCCCGAGAGCGUUGCCACCAUGCUCGAGAACACGAUUGGAGAGUACCAGCUCAGGCAGCGAGAGGCCCACAGCAAGGCGGGGGUCCCAUGGGCGGACAAGCAGGCUGCAUGCCGGCAGAGGCGUUUGGUCCGCAUGGGGGCCCUCGUGGACGGCACCGCUGGGCGCGUGGGGGUCACCAUUGAGAACUUGCUGGACGUCGGGCGGAUGGCCCUGUGGCUCCUGGAGCAGACGUGGGUGACCCCGAAGGCGUGCCUUAUGGUCCUUGGGCGGCUGGCGAGGGCCUUCGAGAUCAGGAGGCCGCUGUUCGCCACUCUCAAUCAGGUCUGGGUCCUCCCUGAGCUCAGAGCGGCAACCGCUAGUGCGGGAAAGGCGCUCGUGAAGCCGUUCAAGCUGCCUGCUGAGGCGCGCGCUGAGCUGCUCUCAGCGGUGAGCCUCCUGCCGAUGGCCUACACUGACAUACGGGCAUUGCUCGACGCGGUCGUGCUGGCCACCGACGCGAGCGAGGAGGGCGGCGGCUUGUGCUACACGCGCUGCUGCAGGACGACCGUCGUGCUCUUUGGCCUCAUCGGAGGGGUUGGGGCCUCCAUGGUGGCUUUGUCGAGGUGCCCGUGCCGCGUUGUCAUGUACGUGUCGUCGGAGAUUGACAAGGCGGCGAAGCGUUGCGUGCGGCAGAGGUGGCCUGGAGUGAUCGAGCUUGGCGACAUCACCAAGGUCACGUCAGAGGCCUGGGCUCAGCUGGGUCGCGUGGCGAGCGAGGUGGCCUCCCUCGCCGUCAUCGCGGCGGGGUCCCCGUGCACCGACCUGAGCGGGCUGAACGCCGCGGGGCAGGGGCUCUCCGGCAGCAAGAGAGGGCUGUUCUUCGAGCUGCCGCGGGCCUUCAAGGCGAUAGAGCAGGCGUUCGGGAUCAAGCGCGCGCGCUGGCUUGUGGAGCACGUCGCAGGGAUGCGCUCGGAGGACCUGGCAGUGUUCUCACAGCAGCUGGGAGUUACGCCGCACAGGAUCGAGGCGAUGGACGCGGGCCUGGUGAGGAGGCCCCCGCUUUACUGGCUGUCGUGGGCUCUGCAGGCAGGCGCUGGGGUGAUCGACCUCACUGACGAGGAGAAGUACUUCAAGGUCAAGCUGCACGUGUCGCCGUCCGACUUUCCUGCCUGGGCUGAGGGCGGCAGGGGCCUGCUCGAGCCCAAGCAUGCGCUGCCCACCUUCGCCGAGCUGCAGAAAAGGAAGUCACCUCCAGCUCUGGCGGUCCGGAUCAAGAGAGCGUCAGAGACCGCGAUUGCGAGGUGGACGGAGGCUAGCUACGUCUCACAGGUGUAUAAUUUCGAGGACGAGAACCUGCUCUGGAACACCGGACGUACUGCCUGGCGGAUUCCCUCAGCUGAUGAGCGCGAGACUUUAAUGGGCUUCGACCGCGGGUACACACGCGCGGCCGUGAAGGAGUCCGUUCCGAGCCUUGAAACAGAGAUCAUCAGGUCGUCGCUCAUCGGCAACUCAUUAUCCGUUCAAGUCGUGUCCUACAUCCUCGCACAGCUCUUGGCUCGAGAGGCGGAACAAGGUGCUCCGCCUAUCGGGCCCUUCUUGCAGACGGGGAUAGCCCCGGAAGCUCGGGGCCGCGCGCCCGAUUUCAAAGCCGCCGAGAUACAGGGCCAGGAACUUGAGCAGCAGCUGGUGUUUAAGUACUUGCGCAUUGCUAGCCGAGGAGGGACGGACGCGCGGCUCGACUUGCAGUCCCCUUUUCGAGCGAAGGCGUGGCCUCGAUCGGGGCUGCAGACCAGUGUGUGGACGUGGUCGAUUGGGCACGGCUACCCCUGGCGCGAAGACGGGCACAUUAAUGAGCUGGAGGUCGGAGCCGCGGUCAACGCCGUCAAGUGGAGGUCGCGGACUGCGACCAGGGCAGGAGCAGUGCGAGACGACUGGGGCUGGAUGCGAGGCCACGCAGCCUACCUCCUCGCUACUGGCUGCUACCCGAUGUACGCGUACAUCGACACGGACGACAACCCGGCGGACGUCCCGAGCCGCUGGUUCGACGGCUGCCGCAGGGCAGCCGAGGCGCGAGCGCGGCGGCGAGCUCGGCCGCUAGGUGACUCGCGCGUUGCAGCAGUCACGCGGGAGCGAUACGUCGUCGCCAAGCACAGGCUGCUGGCGUUCUGGGCGGCGACCGGCAAGCGGCCCAGGCUCGUUCAAGAGAUUGAUGAGGGCGUUGCCGCUUACAUCGAGCAUGUGUGGCGCACCAAUGGCUCGCUGCUGCAGGCGUGGUUGCGGCUGGAGCCCAACGUGCGCGCCCUGCCGCUGUCACCGCUGUGUGCAGCCGCCAUCGCCGGCGCCUUCUGCUGGUGGGGGCACGGGCGGACCGCCGCGAUGCUCCUGGCAGGAUAUGCAUGUUUCCUGAGGUCAGGCGAGAUGCUGCACUUCAGGAGCUUGCGGCAGUUCUCCAGCGUCGUCAAGCGCUCUUACCGCCACGCAUGCGAGUGCUCCCGCCAGGGCGCCACGCAGGUCACGAAGGUGAUCAGAUGCGAGCAUGGCGGUUACUUGGUUGCCAUGCCCGACGGGCAGAUCAAAGUGGAUAGCCAGAACCCUUGCGGCGAUUGGGAGAAGUUCUUCUUGGUGGCGAUGGAGGACGGGAGAGUCGCCAUCAAAUCAGACCAUGGCAGGUACCUGGCGGUCCAGGGGGAUGGGAGCGUGCGCGCGGAUGCGGACAGCGCCGACGUGGAGGCCGCCCGCUUCGAGCUCGCGGAGCACGCUUGCGGCGGCGGGCUGCUCUUGGCCACCACUGAGGGCAAGUGUUUCAUAGCCAUGCCCGACGGGUCCCUGCGAGCCGACAGCUCGAACCCCGACGGCACCUGGGAGAGGUUCGAGAUCUCGGACCUGCAGAAGGACGUCAUCUUGAACCGGAAGGAGCUGUUCGAGUUCUUCGACCGCCUCUCCGAGGAGGCCGAGUACUUUACAUCAUUGACCUACGUCGUCAACAUUUGGAGCUUGGGAGGCGUCGUCAGGCUGAAGCACCACUCCUGCAUUCUGGCCGGAGGCGGUCGCUACUUGAAGUUCGACUUCGGAGGGAGGGGGGUCACCUAA